CCUCGGCGUUCCUCAAGCGACAUCGGCUAGACCAUCAGAUCCGCUUGGCGACCAGCGCACCGACGACCCAGCAUCACGGCACCGACCGCCGCCAUGCAUUCAACCGGCGCGCCGCAGGCUGAGAGCAUGAACCGCUCCGAGCCGCCGCGACUGACAGCGGGGCAGGCCACGGUCCCGAGCCCCGCCGAGCCAGUCAUGCCGAUGACGUACCAGAAGCUCCUCGCCGGUGAGAAUGGCCAUGGCACCUCUCGUGUCCCCUCGACCGCGCAGUUCUUCGCUCCCGGAAAGGACGACUGCGGCGGCUCCGGCUCUUGCGGACCGGGAGGACCGUGCCCAGCCCGGUUCUUGUGCAACGACUUAUGCGUGCUGGCGUGCUCUCCCUCGCCGCUCUGGUGCUGCACCCACAACGUCGUCUGCUGCGCCACAUACCACUGGUUCUCCGGCGCCUCUCGAGGCGUGUUUACCGGCUGCGGCCCCUCGGUGCCCUGCAACCCCUGCUUCGCCCUUCCCUUCCAGUGCUGCUCCUCGACGCCAGCGGUGCAGUGCGGGUUCCCGCUCGAGUUCGCCUGCUGCUGCGCCCCCGCCGACGACCGCUGCUCCGCCCUCCUCUUCCAAACGCAGCACCUCCUCGUCGCCGCCGCCGAGCCGGCGCAGGUCCUCUUCCCGCGCGGCAUGAAGUACCCGCGCUCCUCGACCUCGCGGCCCUCGUCGCGGGGCGUAUCUCUCGCGGACGAGGCCAUCUACGGCCAGCGACGCAAGAGCGAGGCGCCGCGCGUGCCGAGGCAGCUGUUGCUCUGCGGCCGCUGGACAUGCACCUCGCAUUCGAGGUACGAGAGCGGUGCCGGGGCGGCCUUCGCCAACCUCACCAACUCGGUGCCGUGCGCCUUUGGCGCCCUCAACGCCUACUACUCCUCGUGCAUCUGGCCGAGCGUGCAGUGGACGCCGGCCGCCGAUGCCGUCGGCAGGCCGAGCCGCUCGAUGGUGCAACCGACGGGGUCGUGGUGGUGCGACGGCGCCUCGGGCUGGGGCGGCCUCUGGGUCUACCCCCGCCGCUGCGCCUUCACCGGCCGCCCCUUUACCGAGCUCCCGACGCCGCACGGCGCGCGAGACAGCCGGGGCAGGCCGCUGGCCUCGAACGUGCACGAAGGGUCGCCGGUUGGCAACUCGUCGCCUGCG